UGAGAGGGGCUGUGGGCGCGUGUGCUAUUGGCUGGGAGGAUGAAAUAUUCACAGUGGCUGGGAUUGGUUGUCGCUUAAGCAGCCGGUGACCGGAGCAGGUCUGAUGCAGGCAGCGCUCUGUCUGUAUAAACAGAGUGCGUUCGGCGGAGGCAGCUGCAGCACGGCACCGUGGGAGAGCCCGCCGCGCACCUGACCACUCCUACCGCCGAUCGGAGCGCCCGGACGGGGGAGGCGCACACGGGAGUGACAGGGAGAAGGCGUCGUCUCCCGCCGCCGCUCGUCGCCAGUUGCUAUGGAGGGUGCCGGCGAAGGGGAGCAUGUGCUGAGGGGACAAGAUGAUGAGGCAGUUGUUGAUCAUGGGAAGACCAGCUCCACAAGCAACACAAACUUUGAGAAAGAAGAACUAGAAAGCCACAGGGCUGUGUACGUGGGAGUCCAUGUUCCGCUGGGUAAAGAAAGCAGGCACAAGCAUCGCCAUCGAGGUCACAAGCACCACCGCAAGAGGAAAGAGCCACAAGAGGAGAGCGAGGAUGGCAGAGACUCUCUUGCACAGGACACCCCCUCUCAGCGGGUGCAGUUCAUCCUGGGCACGGAGGAUGAUGACGAGGAGCACGUCCCCCACGAGCUCUUCACCGAGCUGGACGAGCUGUCCUUCCGCGAAGGCCGGGAAUACGAGUGGAAGGAGACGGCCAGGUGGCUGAAAUUCGAGGAGGACGUGGAGGACGGCGGGGAGCGCUGGAGUAAGCCCUACGUGGCCACGCUGUCCCUGCACAGCCUGUUCGAGCUGCGCAGCUGCAUCCUCAACGGCACCGUGCUGCUGGAUAUGAGGGCCAACACUAUUGAGGACAUAGCAGACAUGAUCAUGGACAGCAUGGUGGCGUCCAAUCAGCUGGACGAGUCCCUGAGGGAGCAGGUGCGGGAGGCCAUCUUGAAGAAGCACCACCACCAGAACGAGAAGAAGCUGAGCAAUCGCAUCCCGCUCGUGCGCUCCCUGGCUGACAUGGGCAAGAAGCACUCUGACCCCCACCUGCUGGACAAAAACGGGGAAGGCCUGUCCUCUUCCCGUCUCUCCCUCCUGAAACCGGGCUCCUCCACCUCCAGCCUGUUCCAGAGGCGCGAGUCGCGGGUCUCCGUCCUCCUCAGCCACCUCCUGCCGAGCACCUCCCCCUUCCCUUCGCCCUUCGCCACUCCCCAAAGCACGCCGCCCAGCGCUCGCCGCUCCCCGCCCCUGGUCCCGCCCCCGUCGCAGAAGCCCACCCCCCAGCUGCUGGUGUCCUGUGCCCAGGGGGACGGGAUCCCCGAGGUGGUGGUGUUCCCGCCCGAGGACGACGAGUCUCCGCCCCCCACCGAGGAAGAGGAGGCAGGCCUGGCCUGCUCGUCACUACCACUGCCACCAGAAGGGCUGGUGGUCUCCCCACAGUGUGCCGCUGGUAACCUGGACAACAGCAAGGCCGGCGACUGCAAGAUGAGUAAAGGAGGGGUCAGCCGGGAGAACAGCACUGUGGACUUCAGCAAGGUGGACAUGAACUUCAUGAGGAAGAUCCCUCCAGGGGCUGAGGCCUCUAACGUGCUGGUCGGUGAGGUAGACUUCCUGGAACGGCCCAUAAUUGCCUUUGUCCGGCUGUCACCGGCUGUCCUCCUGACGGGCCUGACUGAAGUGCCUGUGCCCACCAGGUUUUUGUUUUUGAUGUUGGGUCCUAAUGGCAAAGGGGCUCAGUACCAUGAGAUUGGGAGGUCUAUGGCCACGUUGAUGACCGAUGAGAUAUUUCACGAUGUUGCAUACAAGGCCAAGGACCGCACUGAUCUCCUGGCGGGAAUCGACGAGUUUCUGGACCAGGUGACUGUGUUGCCGCCAGGAGAAUGGGACCCCACAAUACGAAUCGAGCCCCCGAAGAAUGUACCAUCUCAGAUGAAGAGAAAGAUUCCAACUCUGUCCAAUGGCUCGGCCGCACCCUCCGAGACCAUGAAGGAAGAGGAGCACUAUGCAGGGCCUGAGCUGCAGAGGACGGGACGGAUCUUUGGAGGCUUGAUCAUGGAUGUGAAGCGGAAAGUCCCGUACUACUGGAGUGACAUCCGCGAUGCCCUGAGCCUGCAGUGCCUGGCCUCCAUCCUCUUCCUCUACUGCGCCUGCAUGUCCCCCGUCAUCACAUUCGGAGGGCUGCUGGGCGAGGCCACCAAGGGAAACAUCAGUGCCAUUGAGUCGCUGUUUGGAGCGUCGCUCACGGGCGUGGCCUUCUCGCUGUUUGCUGGACAGCCGCUCACCAUCCUUGGCAGCACGGGGCCGGUGCUGGUUUUUGAGAAGAUCCUCUUCAAAUUCUGCAAGGACUACGGCCUGUCCUACCUGUCCCUGCGCACAAGCAUCGGCCUGUGGACGGCCUUCCUGUGCCUGCUGCUGGUCGCCACGGACGCCAGCACCCUGGUCUGCUACAUCACACGCUUCACAGAGGAAGCCUUCGCCGCCCUCAUCUGCAUCAUCUUCAUCUACGAGGCCCUGGAGAAGCUCUUUCAGCUGGGGGAGGUCUUCCCCAUCAACAUGCAGAACGACCUGGACAAUCUCACCUUCUACACGUGUCAGUGUUCUCAACCUGCUAACGCCUCUGCACACACCCUGCAGUUCUGGAAUGAGACUGGCAUCACACUCGAGUCCUUCUCCUGGAGUGAACUCAAUGUGUCUAUGUGCCAGCACUUCCAUGGGGAAUUUACAGGCCCGGCCUGUGGACACCACGGCCCCUUCAUCCCGGACGUCCUCUUCUGGUCCAUCAUCCUCUUCUUCACCACAUUCUUCCUGUCCUCCUUCCUCAAGCAGUUCAAGACUGAGCGCUACUUCCCCACAAAGGUGCGCUCCACCAUCAGUGAUUUUGCGGUGUUUCUCACAAUAAUGAUCAUGGUACUGGUGGAUUACCUGGUUGGGGUCCCCUCUCCAAAACUGAAUGUUCCUGACCGCUUUGAGCCCACCUCUAAGCACCGGGGAUGGCUGAUUGAUCCUCUGGGAGAGAACCCCUGGUGGACGGUCCUGGCAGCAUUCGUCCCUGCGCUGCUAUGCACCAUCCUCAUCUUCAUGGACCAGCAGAUCACCGCCGUCAUCAUCAACCGCAAGGAGCACAAACUGAAGAAAGGCGGUGGGUACCACCUGGACCUCCUGGUGGUGUCUCUGAUGCUGGGUGUGUGCUCCAUCAUGGGCCUGCCCUGGUUCGUGGCGGCCACCGUCCUCUCCAUCUCCCACGUCAACAGCCUGAAGGUGGAGUCGGCCUGCUCCGCCCCCGGGGAGCAGCCCAAGUUCCUGGGCAUCCGGGAGCAGAGAGUGACCGGCCUUAUGAUCUUCGUCCUCAUGGGCCUGUCCGUCUUCAUGACCUCCGUUCUCAAGUUCAUUCCCAUGCCAGUUUUAUAUGGCGUCUUUCUUUACAUGGGAGCCUCUUCUCUGAAAGGCAUUCAGUUCUUUGAUCGGAUCAAGCUGUUCGGCAUGCCGGCGAAGCACCAGCCGGACCUGAUCUACCUGCGCUACGUCCCCUUGUGGAAGGUGCACAUCUUCACCCUGGUGCAGCUCUCCUGCCUGGUGAUGCUCUGGGUCAUCAAGGCCUCUGCAGCGGCUGUUGUCUUUCCCAUGAUGGUGUUGGCUCUGGUCUUCAUUCGUAAGCUGCUGGACUUUGGCUUCACCAAUCGGGAGCUGAGCUGGCUGGACGAUCUGAUGCCCGAGAGCAAGAAGAAGAAGGAAGACGAUAAGAAGAAGAAGGAGAAGGAAGCACAGCUCAUGCUGGAAGAGGAUAAAGAGGAGGAGGUGACGAUCCCCUACGAUGGCGGCAAUCCUAUAAGGAUUGACAGGCAGAAAGCCAGAUCUGACCCCUCUGUAAUAAACAUUUCUGAUGAGGUAACAGGAGCUAGAGCAUGCACAGCUGCUGCUAUGGAUUCUGACAGUGCCGCAGUUCGAAGACACAGUGCAAGCCAGGAGAAGAUGGCGUGUGUCAGGAUCACCGUGGAGGGAGACCAGAGCGAGGACAGUUUGGAUGUAGAGACGUCACUGUGAGGGUAUCACACGGGAGCACUCGCCGCCCCCUCCUCUGAUCACCGGGGGUGAGGCGCAACUUCCUGCCCCACAGCCUGAGAAUGACGGGCUUAAAGUUCAGGGGUCAGAGGUCAAACCUGUCGCUGUCGACCGAGACCCUCCGAGUCGAGCAGGCUCCAUUCUGUGUCGCUCUUGCUUGGCCAGCUCCACGGCUGCCAUAGGAGAUGGCCAUGUUGUCACGGUUCAAGAGCAUUCGUGUUUGUCUGAAUCGACACUUCUUAUUGGUUCUCAAAAAUAAAAAAGAGAAAUUCAUUUUCUCUGUUCUCAGAUGCACUCCUACGCAUCUAAAAUCUUUCCUUUUCAAAACAGUAAAUGGCUCAACAUGUCAACAUGGGCCAUCUGUUUUUUCAGCUGCAUUUUAUCACGUAUUUCCCCCAUUUUAUACUGAAAAAACAGACAGAAAGAAACACCUUACAGCUGACCUGAGGCAGCAUUUAUAUGCUAUUUGCUGCUACUGUACAGAUGCUAUAAUACCGUAAUGUCUAUAUGAAAUUGAAACAUUUGCUUAAAUGUGCAAAUUUUAUUGAUUACAGUCAGGUCUUUAUUUCUCCUUUAUCUUUCACGUUGUAUGCCAGUAUGAAUAGUUGAUAAAGGAAGAGCAAUCUGUCAAGAAAUAUUACCUGUUUUCUAUCAACUGACCAGCAAAGCAAUCGGUCUGAAGUUGUGAUUCUGCUCCCACCCACACACAUGAUGUUUCAGUGUUUGUAUGUGUAGCUGGAUGUUUUUCUGUCAGCAAAUCCUAAUAAACACAGGAUUUAUUUAGAAGUUUACUAUAUAAAACUAUAGUACCCUAUAGUCUUUGACUGCAACCCAUUCUUACCAGUCAGUGCUUUGGAGCAUUGUUAAUUUGCUGUUGAUGAGUUUUUAUGGGUUCAUGAAGUUUAUAUGUGAUAUAAUAUUGGCUGUUAAUGGAUACGUGUUUUGUACUGUUGAUCUUUAGGGAUUAUUGGAAUCCUAUUGGUUUUGGUUUUUUUUUGUAUUGUUUUUCUCCCUCGCAUUUGGACCAGGCUGGUUUGGAUGGCUAAACUCUUGCCCUGCAUAAAAUAUGGUGCAGAUUGGCCACCUGGUGGCACUAUAGUGCACAUAAAUGUUUUACAUUAACGAGCCCAGCCCUAACAUCUUAUUCUGCAGAGAAUUGCAAAAUAUGCUAUGCAGGUCCUUCUCUUCAUGAGGAACAAAUUUUCCUCAAGGAACCACAACAUCCACCAUAUGGAUUUUCCACUCCAUUUCAAAUUUUCUGAAAAAAAAAAACAUUUAGAAAGCUACUCCUACAAAAUCUGACUGAUUUUCACAAAAUUUGCUUUUCUGCAUCCAUGGACCUUUUGUCUGGUUUUGUCAAAGGCCACAGUGAUAGUCCAAUCAACUUGUAGGUCAUGUCUUUCCGAGUAAAUGGUUAUGAAUUUAAGCAGCUUGACGAAAUGCCAUGCAACUUGGCGAGCACAAUCACAUAACCUUACAAAUGUCAUGCAAGAUGCUUGAUCAGGCAGCUAUAGAGCUCCAAUCAGAAAUUCAGUGUGAAAAUUACUGCUGCGCCAUAAAUGGUCUCAAGUUCAUGCAGUGGUCCAUCCUCACAGUAGGAACAGAUAGGGGGUGGUCCUUAAACCCCGGAUACUCCUCCUUGCAGCUGUAUUUUAAAUAUUGUUUUGCAUGAUCUUUCAAUUUAUUUUGAAGGACAACCUUGUUAUGUACUAAAAAGCCAUGUAGUUGUGGAGGUGGAUGACAUGUUUGAAGGCUCAGCUCACUUCAGAUAAUCUUUGUGUCUGUGAGACAGAGAAUGUAUACUUUACUUUUGUCUUUUAGAGCCAGAUGUGGCACCUAACCCAAUAAAGGGUUAAUAUACUGUACAAUCAUAUAAGUGGGAGAGAUAAUACACCGCUAUAUACUGCUGCGUACCUAAUUUAAUGUACUCAGGAAUUCAUAUGCUUUUUAGCAAUUUCAAGAUCCUCUAGAACCCUCAAUGUCAGUUUUAUUCUUAUGUAUCAUGAUACUCAUUACAGUGUGCAUUCAUUCCACAAUUAUCAUAUAACCUCCUGAGACCCGGCAGAAAAGGUUUUUAUUUUAUUUUUUUAUUAUUUUUUUUUUUACAGAAUACAUGACAAAAACAUGUUGCAGUGAAAAUAUUUUCUACAAUAUUAUUCAUUUUAUUUUUUAUUGAAUGUUCCAUGUGGUGUAGGUUUCAGCAUGGUAGAAUAUAGCCUAUACGGUUCUUGGGAUAAAGACUAGAGAUUCAUUUCCCCUAAAAAAAGAACUGCUGGUUCUUAGGAGGAUAAUGCACAUCUUCCAAACCAGAUAAAUGCUUUUUAACAGGAUUUUUUCCUUCUGUUCAAAUAGCUAUUAAUCAGUUCCUUUUUUUAAAACGAUGGAAUUUUCAUUAUUAAUGUGGCUUUAACAGUUAUGUUAUUUAACAAGGUUUUUGCACAGAAUAGGCUAUUUUCAGACUGACAUUUUUUUCCCAAAAAAAUAUAGUCCAUAAUUAAAAAUUAAAUUAUCUAUUUUUUUGAAUGUUUAUCGUUUUAUACAUUAUCCCUUAUUUGCACAGAUUUGAGCAAUAAUUUGACAUGGUGUCAGAAACUGUAUGCAUUUGUGUCUAGAAUUCAUCACUCUUUCAUUGGUUCAGAAUUCAACCACUUGGCUAUGAGUGUGCUAAUCCUGGACCAGUCCUUUUCUAUCACUGUUCCUGUCCAUGAAUGCACCACUGAGUAAACAGUAUUGUUCUUGUGCCUAGUGAAUGCGUUUAAAAAGGCACCUAAAGUGAUCCAAUGUGGAUUGUAUAUCAGGGAAGUGAUUGGUUGGGUAUACUGAGCAUGAAUGAAGCUAGCUUGUUGGCAACAUAUAUGUGGUGGUUUUAGUGCACCCAACUAAAAAGCUUUCCCUGGAAAUAACUUUCCAAUAAAUAUUGACUUAUGGCAUAUAAAAUUAAAAUAAUUAACCCUAACAUACACCCACGUACACACACGCACAUGCACACACUCACACACACAACACUUGACAUGCAAGGGAGAUACAAUAACUUGCUAUAACAUUCCUCUAUAAUGGACCAUCUCAACGGAACUUUCCAAUGUCUAUCAAGCCUAAAACAGCAAGUACUGAACUGAGUGCUACAGCACACAGUUCACACAAAGCGGGGAUCUCAAACUCCUGGAGUGUCUGCUGGUUUUCAGUUUUCAGUGCUCAGUGGUUUCAGCACCGAGUCAUUGAUUGGCUGAAGAGUUUAUAUACCUCGUUUACAACACCUACCGAUUGAAGGGAAACCACAAAAACCUGCAGAUAUUGUAGCACUUGGACUGGAGUUUCAGGUUCCUCACAUUGAAAGUACUAACGACUCUUCAAAUGAAAGGGAAAUAAUACAUUAGCUUUAAUCCUGGUUGAAAUCUAAGAGAUUUUCAUUGCAUUGUUUUAAAUGUAUGCCCAAAUUACAUUUCCAUGCAGCAGGAAUGUUUCACUGCCAUACUGUGAUACUGUCUGCUUUACUGGUUACAAGGGAAGCCCCUCUGACGAUACAUCGAGACAUUACUUCAGAAGUAUAUUUUACAGCUGAUUGUCUUUGUCAAUGGAGAGGGGUCUUGUAUGCAUUUUUUUAUCAUGCCAGUUGUUGCCAAGCCUUUUUUUUUUUUACAUUAAAGGAGAAAUAUCACUGUUAAGAUAUUAAUUUGGAUGCCUUUUUUAAUGAAAGUUUUUUGUCUGUUUGAUUAGCUUACCAAGGGGGAAAUAUGUCAGUUUGGUCAUUUUUGCUCUUUCAGUGUUGUGCUUGUAGUGUCUUAAUUGUGGUACAACAGGUCACAGAACACAAAUACGGUUGCUGUAGUAUUAUAUCCAUUAAUGUCAAGUGCGAUGUAAUGUACUGUAGAUGUACUGUACCAAGUGUGUCCCUGUCUUUGAUCUGUCUUUGAUAUGGGGUCGUACUUUAAAGCCAUGUUUUAGAGGCACCUCACAGCUGCUGUCAGUCAUGUUCUUGUGAAUGAAAAAUCUAAGUCCCUUUCUCCACUGACUAUUCACUAAAUAUUAGAAAUGAUGAGAGAAUAAAAUAUUUUUUGUAACCGAAAAAUGUAAUUGUUGAAGCAGAGCAAUAAAGGUUAUUACAUGCC